AUGCUAUUCUCAAGCUCCGGUCGGACGAUCUUUCCGCUCCUUCCACCCUACGGGGUCCAAGAUCCCAAUGGCGUCCAAGGUCGGGUCAUUCCGCUGCAUCCCGAUGGCUCUACGCCUUAUCUGGGGCUACGGGCGCGUCUGUCCCAAGUGUGGCUUAACCGCUGGACCGUGGUGUUGAUGGCUGUCACGACCAUCAAGACAGACAUGGGUCGAGCCAAAAGCGAGGCCCUAUCGGCAUGUACAAGCGUCGAAUCCAUGGCCGAUGCGAUGGUAUCCAUGCCCCAUUACCUGGCGAAAGGGGUAAACGACCUCACGGGCGACGUGGUCGAUGCGGCAGUUGAUGGCCUCAAGACGAUGCUGAUGCUCACCUUGACUGGUGUUGAAGAAUUGAUCAUUUUCUUCAUCAAAGUGAUGUAUCAGACGUAUCUAUGUUUGUUCACGCUCGCUGUGCACGGUGCUGUUGAGAUUGGAGUCACCUUGAUCGAAGACGCAGCGGACUUUCUCAAUUCUACGGUCAAAACCGUGGGAAAAGACAUCGGCAAAACAGUCGAUGUAUUCGAGGAUGCUCUCAAUGACUUCAUCAAACUCGUGAAUGUGGCUGCCAGCUUGGCAGGGUCAAGCGUGCCGACACUGAACCUCACCAGCGAGAUCGACAAGUUGGAAAAUGCGCAUCUGCCGUCAUCUAUCGAUGAAGGCCUGGAUAAACUCAACAACUCCAUUCCGUCCUUUACCGAAGUGAUGAACUUCACCGAAAAUGUGAUACGGUUCCCCUUUGAGGAAGUCAAGAAAUUGGUCAACGAGUCCUUGGGGGACUAUACGUUCAACCCCUCUGCACUCCCGGUUCCUGCGAAGAGAACAUUGACUUUCUGCGAUGACAACAACGGGAUCAAUUCAUUCUUCGCCGGGGUAACAGAUUUGAUUCUGACAGCCCGCAAAAUCUUCAUCGCCGUUUUGAUUAUCGCCGCGAUUCUCGCCUGCGUCCCUAUGGCCUGGCAAGAGAUCCGACGCUGGCACACUAUGAAAGAACGCUCUCAACUUGUCCGCAAGGAAGCGCACGAUCCCAUGGACGUCGUCUAUAUUGUCUCUAGGCCUCACACCGCAGCUGUUGGUAUCUGGGCUGCCAGCCGCUUCAGCAACAGCCGCCGACAGAUCCUCGUACGCUGGGUGAUUGCAUAUGCCACCUCCCCGGCCGCCCUGUUCGUCCUCUGUCUCGCCUUGGCCGGCCUCCUCUCCUGCCUUUGCCAGUACAUACUUCUCAGCGCCAUCAAGAAAACCGUCCCAGAACUCUCCACCGAGGUGGGUGAAUUCGCCGACGAGGUCGUCGGGGUGUUACAAAACAUCUCCGCGGAAUGGGCCAACGACGCCAAUAAAGUCAUCCAGCACGCAGACGACGGGAUUAAUGACCACGUCUUCGGCUGGGUCAACACCAGCACCACUGCCUUGAACGACACACUCAACACCUUCGUCGACAAAACCAUUGACGUUCUCAACGACACCUUCGGUGGGACCUUACUCUACGAGCCUCUCUUGGAUGUAUUCGACUGCCUGGUCGGCCUCAAAGUCGAAAGCGUCCAGAAAGCUCUCACCUGGGUUUCGGACCACGCUCACGUCGAAUUCCCUCUUCUACCCAACAACACCUUCUCCGUCGGCGCCGCAAACAGCCUCAACAGCUCCGACUCAUCCGAGAGCUUCCUCACCGAGGCCGGUGCGAAGACAUCCAAUGAGAUCACUGAAGUGGUCACGAAGGUUAUCGACACACUGGCAAGCGCCAUCCGGACGGAAACCAUCAUCGCUUCGUGCAUUCUCCUUGUCUGGUUCAUUAAUGUCUUGCUCGGCAUCCUUCGCGCCCUGACCUUGUUCUGGACACGAGAAAAGAACCGGGGCGAGGGCGGCCCGGCGCCUCUCAACUCACGACCGAAACCUGGCUCUGGCCCAGACCCAAAUGGCUUCAUCGAUGUACCGUUAACUAGCUUGCCCAGAACUUAUGCCGCUUCUGCGGAUGUAGCAGAUGCAGCAGAUGCAGCAGAUGCAGCGCGGUCGCAGCCGGCGCCUCGGUAUGAGGUUGCAACCAGUCAGGGAAGCCCAGGAAGCUCAGGCAGCUCCGGCGUGGUGGUUCCCACUGAGUGGGAGUAUCCAGCCGAGAAGGUAGGGUUCGCGGGUCAACGAAAUCUGCAGGUAGACGGAGUGUCGGAUUUGCGGGGAAGUAGCUAUGUGGAAUAUGGGAUGGAGAAGAACUGA